AUGGCGACACCGCGAGGUACGGUCAGCGUGCCGCCGACAAAGGCCGCGGCCGACACCCACGGCCCUGCCUCGCCGGAGCCAAUGAAGACCAAGAUUGAAAGGCAAGUGUACCUAAUCAAAUACUGGGCAUUCUUCGCUCACAGGACAGUGCUCGCUGCACGGUCAUCCGUCUUCAAGGCGGAGCUCUUUGGUGCCAUGAAGGGGAAGGCAGGUCAUCCUAUUGAAAUUAGCGACAUAGAAGCUGACGUGUUCAAAUCUUUGCUCCAUUUCAUCUAUACGGACUCGCUGCCUGAGACUACCCGUGAAGGAACUGAUGAAGAUCCAACACAAGAAGAUGUGGUGACAGCUAGUCAUUUGCUUGUAGCUGCGGACAGGUACAACAUUGAGAGACUGAAGUUGAUAUGCGAAGAUAAGUUGUGCAACCAAAUUGACUCCAACAUGGUGGCAACUAGUUUGGCUUUGGCUGAGCAGCACGGUUGCCAUGGACUGAAGGAGGCUUGCUUUGAGUUCCUUGGUUCUCCGUCCAAUUUGAAGGCCAUGAUCGCAAGUGAUGGUUACGAGCACCUGAAAAACAGCUGCCCAUCUGCUCUCAAAGAGCUGGUUGCCAGACUCCUUCCCGUUGAACUGAUAGCAGCCAAGGAUAUUAUCAUGGGAAUUUAG